AUGACAACCACCCAAAAACCCGGCGAGGGGACAAACCCGCGCGGCAUCCCCUACGCCCCCUUCGUCGACAAUGUAUCCGACUACGUCUCCAGCCGGACCGAAGUCGAGGCCACUCUUCGCUCAUUCCAAGAAAUGAUCUCCAAAUACCAGUUUAUGGAAAUGAACACUCAGCGACGCAGCGUCGGGCUAAAGGAGAAGAUUCCAGACAUAAAAAAGACGCUUGACAUGGUUCGUUUCUUGAAACUGAAUCGCGAGAACGCUGAAGACGUCGAAAGUGAGGACGACGAAGAAGAAGAUGGAAAAGGGGCCAUACAGACGCACUUCGAACUCAAUGAUACGCUCUACGCGCGCGCAAAGAUUGCGCCCAAGGAUACGGAGGAGGUGUACCUCUGGCUUGGCGCGAAUGUGAUGCUUGCGUACCCAAUCACAGAGGCUGAGACGAUGUUGAGCGAGAAGUUGGCGGCGGCGGAGUUGAGUUUGGAGAAUUGUGAGGAGGAUUUGGAGUUUUUGAGGGAGCAGAUUACCACACUGGAAGUUGCGACUGCGAGGGUGUAUAAUUGGGACGUGGUGCAGAGACGAAAGGAGAAGGGAGAGGGCAAGGAUGACACGGGGGAGCCAGACGGUUAA